AUUUACAACUUCCUGGCUUUUGGCCUCCAGAUCACCAGCCUGCUCCUAUCAAACACAAUCUACUUUGGAUCAGAGGUUGACUAGGAGAUACAAAGAAGAUGAAUUCCCUUUUGGUCACUGCUGUCAUUACUACCUUUGUUCUGGCUUUCUUCCUCCCUUCAGGAAAUGCUUUAGUGUGCUAUAAUUGUCCAUAUGCGAACUGUGACCAAAAUACAACCUGCACAUAUGGACAAGAUACUUGCUUAGUAGUACAUUAUAGUAGAGGAAGUUUGUCUAGCUGCUGGAUAAAUUCUCGCUGUGAUGUAAAUUCUAUUGCACUUGAUUUAAAUGUGAAAAACUUCCAAGCCACGUGCUGCGACUGGGAUUUGUGUAACAAUGCUCCAAAUGUUGUAACUAACAAGAUAGUCCUGUGUGGGGCUUUGUUGCUGACUAUUAUUCCUAUGUUAAAGUCUUUAGUGGGGAACUGA